UACAUUGCAUCCACCUUGUGAAGGAAAUUAUUUUUUUGGCAGAGUCGAGUCACUGCAUAGAAUGAGUUUUAGCAUACAACAUAUACUUCCCAAGUUCUUCGUAAAUUACCAGUCAAUUGGGUUUUCCUUGCUGCUGCUUAACCUGGAGGAGUAUUAUUUCGAGCAGCACUCAGCUAGCCAUGUUCAGCAGAGCGGCAGCCACGAGGAAAGGAAAAUCAGAGGCUCCUUAAAAAUAUGUUCAAAAUCAGUGAUCUUUGAACCAGAUGCAAUAUCCCAGCCUAUCAUUAAGAUUCCUUUGAGAGAUUGUGUAAAAAUAGGAAAAUAUGGUGACAAUGGAGCCAAUAAACAUUUUUCCAAGACAAAAUCUUGGGGUAUUUCACUCAUUUUCAGUCAGGUAUAUUUCAUUAAAGAGCAUAAUAUUGUUGCACCAUAUAAGAUAGAAAGGGGCAGAAUGGAGUAUGUCUUUGAGUUGGAUGUCUCAGGGAAGGUGGAUGAUGUCGUGGAGACGUUGCUGCAGCUGCACAGAGCAUCCUGCCUUGAAAAGUUGGGUGACCAAACCGCCAUGAUAACAGCCAUCUUGCAGUCACGUUUAGCUAGGACAUCAUUUGACAAAAACAGAUUCCAAAGUGUUUCAGAAAAGCUGCAUAUGGAAUGCAAAGCAGAAAUGGUGACACCUCUGGUGACAAAUCCUGGACACGUAUGCAUUACGGACACCAACCUGUAUUUUCAGCCUCUCAACGGGUACCCGAAACCUGUGGUCCAGAUAACACUCCAAGACGUCCGGCGAAUUUACAAAAGGAGGCACGGGCUCAUGCCUUUGGGCUUGGAAGUAUUCUGCACAGAAGAUGAUUUGUGUUCCGACAUCUACCUAAAGUUCUAUGAGCCCCAAGAAAGAGAUGACCUCUAUUUUUAUAUUGCCACGUACCUAGAGCAUCAUGUUGCGGAGCACACUGCAGAGAGCUACAUGCUACAGUGGCAGAGAGGGCACCUCUCUAACUACCAGUACCUCCUUCACCUCAACAACCUGGCCGACCGCAGCUGCAAUGACCUCUCCCAGUACCCUGUGUUUCCAUGGAUAAUCAGUGACUAUUGUAGCACAGAAUUAGAUUUAUCAAAUUCAGAAACCUUCCGUGAUCUUAGUAAACCAGUGGGAGCCCUAAAUCAGGAACGGCUGGAAAGACUCCUGGCACGCUACCAGGAAAUGCCAGAGCCGAAGUUCAUGUAUGGAAGCCACUACUCAUCGCCAGGCUAUGUGCUCUUCUACCUUGUUAGGAUUGCACCAGAGUACAUGCUGUGUCUACAGAAUGGAAGAUUUGAUAAUGCAGAUAGAAUGUUCAACAGCAUUGCAGAAACCUGGAAAAACUGUUUGGAUGGAGCCACAGACUUUAAAGAGUUAAUUCCAGAAUUCUAUGGUGAUGAUGUCAGCUUCCUAGUCAACAGUCUGAAGUUGGAUUUGGGAAAGAGGCAAGGCGGGCAGAUGGUUGAUGAUGUGGAACUCCCCUCCUGGGCCUCCAGUCCACAGGAUUUUCUCCAGAAGAGCAAGGAUGCCCUGGAAAGCACCUAUGUGUCUGAGCACCUUCACGAAUGGAUUGACCUGAUAUUCGGCUACAAGCAAAAAGGGAAUGAUGCUGUUGGGGCCCAUAAUGUGUUCCAUCCCCUGACCUAUGAAGGAGGUGUAGACUUGAACAGCAUCGAGGAUCCCGAUGAGAAAGUAGCCAUGCUGACACAAAUCCUAGAAUUUGGACAGACACCCAAACAGCUGUUUGUGACACCACAUCCUAGAAGGAUCACCCCCAAGUUGAAAAGUCUGUCCCAGACCUCCAGUUAUAACACUUCUGUUACAGAUUCCCCAGUCUCUCCAGGUGAAGAGUCAUUUGAAGACCUGACUGAGGAAAGCAAAACGCUGGCCUGGAAUAACAUCACCAAAUUGCAGUUACAUGAGCAGUAUAAAAUCCACAAAGAGGCAGUUACGGGGAUAGCAGUCUCUUGCAAUGGGUCUUCAGUCUUUACAACGUCACAAGAUUCCACCUUGAAGAUGUUUUCUAAAGAAUCCAAAAUGCUACAAAGAAGUAUAUCAUUUUCAAAUAUGGCAUUAUCAUCUUGUUUACUUUUGCCAGGAGACUCCACUGUCAUAAGUUCCUCUUGGGACAACAACGUCUAUUUUUAUUCCAUAGCAUUUGGGAGACGCCAAGACACACUAAUGGGACAUGAUGAUGCCGUUAGUAAGAUCUGUUGGCAUAACAACAGGCUGUAUUCUGCAUCUUGGGACUCUACAGUGAAGGUGUGGUCUGAUGUGCCUGCAGAGAUGCCAAGCACCAAAAAACACCAGUUUGACUUGCUGGCCGAGCUGGAGCAUGAUGUCAGUGUAGAUACAAUCAGUCUAAAUGCUGCAAGCACACUGUUAGUUUCUGGCACCAAAGAAGGCAUGGUGAACAUUUGGGACCUCACUACAGCCACCUUAUUGCACCAGGUCCCAUGCCAUUCUGGGACUGUACAUGAGACUGCUUUUAGCCCAGACAGUCGCCAUGUCCUCAGUACAGGAGCAGAUGGCUGUCUGAAUGUGGUCGAUGUGCAGACAGGGAUGCUCAUCUCCUCCAUGACAUCAACCGAGCCCCAGAGGUGUUUUAUCUGGGAUGGAAAUUCUGUUUUAUCUGGGAGUCAGUCUGGUGAGCUGCUUGUUUGGGAUCUCCUUGGAGCAAAAAUCAGUGAGAGAAUACAGGGACACACAGGAGCUGUGACAUGCAUAUGGAUGAACGAACAGUGUAGCAGUAUCAUCACAGGAGGAGAAGACAGGCAAAUUAUGUUCUGGAAACUGCAGUAUUAAGUGCCUUUUUCUCUCAAAUAUUAAGUCAACUCUUAUUUAAGGUACUUUUAAGCCAAACUUUUAGGUGAAUGUGUAAUGAUAGUAAUUGGAAGUUUCACCACAUGGAAAACUUGUGGCUUUAAACUUUCUAAAUCAUGGUGACUUCACUGAAAACCAUUUGCUGCCAUCUAUUAAGAUGAAUAAACACAGCUACGUUAGUGAAGCGAGCAUGACGUUUCUAAGGCAGAGGGUUGUUAUAGUGUGAGAACAGCUAGGACGUUGUGCUGGAUGGCAGUGGGAAGCUAAGACAUACUAAACUGGGCUGGUGAAAUACCAAAAAUCACUAACCAGUUCAGGAUUUUCUGAUGUGUGUUUUCAUGGGGUGCUUAUUUUCUGUAAUGCACCCAACUUCUAAUAACCUGGGAAAUGAAUGGCAGUUCUUGUAACAGUAAGUUCACUGUAUAGGAACAGUUUGUAUAUCAUUUAGCUACUAAGUGUACAUCUUUUCUACAUUAAAAAUAUUUUUCUGUAAUGAAAGCA